AUGCCUGGAGGAGGAGUAGCACCCGUUGUCAUUACCGGCACGGCGGACACGUCGCGCCUCGAGGCCCCCAUCACUAUGAGGGCCUACUUGAUCUGUGCCUUCGCGGCCUUUGGUGGUAUCUUCUUCGGCUACGACACCGGCUGGAUGGGUGGUGUUCUGGCCAUGAAGUACUUCAUCCGUCAAUACACCGGCCUGCCUUACCCCGACCCAAAUGAUGCCGCUGCUGUCAAGGCUUUCCAUUUGCCCGCAAGCGAUCAGUCUUUGACCACCUCGAUUCUAUCCUGCGGCACCUUUUUCGGCGCUCUCAUCGCCGGGGACAUUGCCGACUUCGUUGGACGUCGAACCACCAUCAUUUCGGGCUGUUUCAUUUUCAGCGUGGGUUGCAUUCUCGAGACUGCUUCCACCGGCCUCGGUGUCAUGUGCGCUGGCCGUGUUAUUUGCGGACUUGGUGUCGGCUUCAUCUCGGCCAUUGUCAUCCUGUACAUGUCCGAAAUCGCACCAAAAGCUGUCCGUGGUGCGGUUGUGGCAGGAUACCAAUUCUGUAUUACAAUCGGUAUCCUCCUAGCCAAUUGUGUUGUCUACGCAACUCAAGACCGCGACGAUACCGGCUCUUACCGAAUCCCAAUCGCUGUCCAAUUCCUCUGGGCUAUCAUCCUGGCCAUUGGUCUCUUCAUCCUGCCAGAGUCUCCUAGAUACUUUGUCAAGAAGGGCAAGCUCGAGUCUGCCGCGCUGGCUCUGUCCAAAGUCCGUGGACAGCCAAUCGAUUCCGACUUUAUCCAGGAUGAGCUGGCUGAGAUCAUUGCCAACCACGAAUACGAGUUGCAGAUCAUCCCACAAACCACAUGGCUAGGCAGCUGGACCAACUGCUUUUCCGGAAAUAUCACAAACGGCAACAGCAACGUCCGUCGUACGGUAGUUGGCAUUCUCAUGCAAAUGAUGCAGCAAUUGACCGGUAUCAACUUCAUCUUCUACUUCGGAACCGUCUUCUUCACCUCCCUCGGCACGAUCAAGAACCCCUUCCUCAUCUCCCUCAUCACGACCCUCGUCAACGUCUGCUCGACUCCCGUCUCCUUUUGGACAGUCGAACGCUUCGGUCGCCGCAAGAUCCUCAUCAUCGGAGGCACGGGGAUGAUCAUCAUGCAAUUCAUCGUUGGUAUCAUUGGUGUUACCGCCGGCAAGAGCUCGAGACAUGACAGUGCUGCUGUCUCGGCCAUGAUUGCCUUCAUCUGCUUCAACAUCUCCUUCUUCGCUGCGAGCUGGGGCCCGUGUGCGUGGGUGGUCGUUGGCGAGAUCUUCCCUCUUCCGAUUCGAUCUCGCGGUGUCGGUAUCUCUACUUCAUCCAAUUGGUUCUGGAAUUGCAUCAUUGCCGUCAUCACUCCUUACUUGGUCGGUACCAACAAAGGUGACGCGAACCUCGGCGCCAAGGUCUUCUUCCUCUGGGGCUCCCUUUGCUGCCUCUCCACCGCCUUUGCAUACUUCCUGGUUCCCGAAACCAAAGGUCUCUCCCUCGAACAGGUCGACAAGAUGAUGGAAGAGACGAACGCCCGGCACUCCGCCGCCUGGAAGCCCCACUCCACCUUCGCCGAGGAGAUGGGUCUCACGCACAAGGGUCUCGCUCUGGACGUGGCACCGGAGGAUGUCCACACUGCCGUUAUUGAAAAAGCGGCCGGUUGA